AUGGAUAUCUGCAUCAUGCUGGCUAAGGUGUUAGAAGAACCUGAGCGAGGCGAGUUUUUCGCACGGAGGGAGGAUGAAGCGCACUCCUUGGUAAAUCUCCUUCAAGCGAUAUUAGACUAUGCCUCUUUGAGCCCAAGUCUGAAACGCCGUUUUACGAGCGCCCUGAUCAGGUUAUCCAGUAAAUCUGGACGUUUCCCAGACUGCAUGGUGCUUGAAGAGGUGACCAGACUCGGGGAAGAUCCCGUCGCCGCAGGUUCUUUUGGUGAGGUCUGGAAAGGGUCUUUCUACAGCGAGGUUAUCGCGAUGAAAGUGCUCAAAGUAUACGAGAGAUCGAACGUAAAGGAACUUCUCAAGCGCUUCUCGGCCGAAAUCAUCAUUUGGCGUCAGCUGUCUCACCCUAAUUUGAUACCGUUCUAUGGAGUGUAUUACCUCAAUGCCAGCAAGACGCGAAUAUGCCUCAUCUCACCUUGGAUGCAAAACGGGAAUGUUGUUCAGUAUUUGAGGCGAGAACCCGAUAUUGAACGAAGCUAUCUGAUGUUAGACAUCGCUCGUGGCCUCGAGUAUCUGCACUCUGGGAAGCCCGGUAUCGUCCACGGCGAUCUAAAAGGAGAAAACAUCCUCAUCACUAGUUCUCGCAGAGCUUGUCUUACCGACUUCGGCCUCGCAAGCGCGAGGGAUUCGGAGCUGAUCAUGUCGUCCUCGACUCCAAACGCGAGGGUGACAGGGACGCUGAGGUGGCAAGCUCCCGAACUCCUGAACUACGAGGCGGAAAACACUCGAAGUACCUUUGCGAGCGACGUUUACUCUUUCGGGUGUGUUGGAUACGAGAUAUACUCGGGCGAAAUCCCUUUCCACGAGGUAAAAUCAGACUAUUACGUGAUGCAAAGCGUCACCCGCGGCGCCAGACCGCCCCGACCGCCCCUCUCCCUCUGCCAAACCCGGGGUCUGGACGACACCCUGUGGGCCAUCCUCCAAAGCUGCUGGCUAAAGGACGCCGCCGCCCGGCCCACCGCCGAAUACCUCAGUGGAAGCAGCUGUCGCUUUUUGAAGACUGGGAAGCAUGAUAUACCUCCGAGCCCGAACAAGGUUUUAUUUCUGAUUUCUCCUCACAUCGUGACAUUUCCCUAG